AUGACAACCGGAGCUAAGACGGAAUCCGAGUGCGAGGUGCCCGACUUUGUCGAUGCGCCCGGCUAUCUGGACCCGUUUUCGCGUCGCUAUAUGAUGAAGCAGUUCGUCGCGGCAUUGCCGGAACCGGCCCAACAGCGCGUCAAGGCGCUCAAGCAUCUGCAAGUUGAGUACACCAAACUCGAAGCCAACUUCUUCGAGGAGGUGUACCAGCUCGAGUGCAAAUAUCAGCAAUUGUAUCAACCUAUUGUCGACCGGCGAAAGGAUAUCGUGGCCGGCAAGGCAGAACCCACGCCGGAGGAAUCGAGAUGGGAGGAUCCACCGCGCAAGGACGAGAAUGAAGAAGGCGAGAACGAGGAGGAAGACGAGGAAAUUAACGAUAGGUUGAAGAAGAUGGCGCUAAAUUACCACAAGGAGCUACCUACGAACGGACAGGGCAUCCCGAACUUUUGGCUGAUGGUGUUCAAGAACACCGAAGCGCUGGCCGAGUUGGUCCAUCCGCAUGACGAGCCGGUGUUGGAAUUUUUGCGCAAUCUGAACAUUGUCUAUGAAAAAGAUCCUAUGUCUUACGUGAUCGAAUUCCAUUUCGAUACCAAUCCGUAUUUUAAAGACACUGUCCUGACAAAGAAAUACUUCUUGCGCUGCAAGAUCGACAAGGACGAACCGUUCAGCUUCGAGGGCCCGGAAAUUUACAAAUGUACCGGUUGCCCGAUUAAUUGGAACCCGGGCAAGAACGUGACGGUCAAGACGAUAAAAAAGCAGCAGAAGCACAAACAGCGCAACGCAACGCGGAUGGUCAUGAAAACGCAACCGACUGAAUCGUUCUUUAACUUUUUCUCGCCACCGCGCGUCCAGGAGGACGACACGCUGGAUCCGGAAACACAGUUCCUGAUCGGACGUGACUUCGAGGUUGGGCACUUCCUGCGGGCACGCAUUAUUCCGAAAGCCGUCCUGUACUACACCGGCGAGGUGAUGGAUGACGAGGACGAUGAUGAUGACGAGGAAGAGGAAGAGGAGGAGGAUGAGGAAAUGGACGAUGAAGAGGAGGCGGAGGAGGAGGAGGACGAGGAUGAGGAGGAGGAAGAAAGUGCACCGAAGCCACCGGCGGCUAGUAGCAAUCGGGCGAAAAAGGCGAAAGGUGCUCGCGGGCAGGGUGGCGGCGGUGGUGGUGGCAGCACGAAAAAGGGCGAACAGCCACCCGAAUGUAAUCAACAGUGA